GAGGCUGAAUUACCCCCUCCCCUCUGCCUUCCCUCUCUCCACCUCCCCCUCCUUUUUUUCCCUUCUUUUCGGUCCUUUUUUUUUUUUUUUUUUAGUUUAGUAAAUUAAUGCAGCAAGAAACUCCCAAGAUCUGGCGAGUCCUAGCAAGGGAGAGAGGGCAGAGGGGAGAUGAGAUGCAUUAGGAGGACACUGAACCACUUUCUUUCCGAGUACAAUGGAAGUGCUUCCCAAGAAACUUCCCCUUCGCUCCCCUCCGCUCUAACCCUGAGCAAUGGGACACCCCUACAGCAGCAAUAACUUAUUCGGCAGGAAAAUAGCCCAGGAAGCAGGAAUCAACAGCAGCCAAACGGCGGGCAGGAAAGCGACACAACCGGGACUGCAGCACGGCUCCACACUGACAUAUUCCUGUGGAUGUAAUUAGGAAGACACUCCGGCCAGCAGCGGAGAUUAAACCCUGGGUUGUUGAGGGUCGUCGUCCCCCCCUCCCACCUCACCGCCAGCACCCUGAUGGCAAACCUACACCCGCUGCGUCCGCCCCUGUCGCCAGCCUGAUGUCCGGAGCGACAUCCCGCUGAAGGGAGGGUUCCGUGCGGGCAGCCCGGAGCCCCGGCCCCGAGCAGCACUGCAGUGGCGGUGGCGGGGCCCCGGCGGAGGAGGGACGAGCCGAGGCAGCGGCGGAGCGGAGCCGGCGCUGUCCGCGGUGCUGCCGCUGUCCGCGGUGCUGAGCGGGCGCGCACCGGGCGCUGUCCGCGGUGCUGAACGCGCCCGCCCGCCCGCCGCUGUCCGCCCGUGCCCCGGGGCUGUUUCGCUCUCCCCACCGCUUCUCCCCAAGUGCCCGGUUACUUUAUUGGCCAACCCCACCGGCCCACCCCUCACGGAGUACAAAAAAAACAACAGCGAGAGCUGGAAAAAUGUGCAACGUCAACGCGCUCGGAGUCUACGUGUGGGAGACGAUCGUUUUCUUCAGCCUGGCAGCCUCCAAGGAAGCUGAAGCAGCAGCUCGAUCUGCCCCCAAACCCAUGUCUCCUUCUGAUUUCUUGGAUAAGUUGAUGGGGAGAACUUCAGGAUACGAUGCCAGGAUCAGACCAAAUUUUAAAGGCCCACCAGUGAACGUCAGCUGCAACAUUUUCAUCAACAGCUUUGGUUCGAUUGCAGAAACAACCAUGGAUUACAGGGUGAACAUCUUCCUGCGGCAGCAGUGGAACGACCCCCGGCUGGCCUACAACGAGUACCCCGACGACUCCCUGGACCUGGACCCCUCCAUGCUGGACUCCAUCUGGAAGCCUGACCUGUUCUUUGCCAACGAGAAAGGGGCCCAUUUCCACGAGAUCACCACGGACAACAAGCUGCUGAGGAUCUCCCGGAACGGCAACGUCCUCUACAGCAUCAGGAUCACGCUGACCCUGGCCUGCCCCAUGGACCUGAAGAACUUCCCCAUGGACGUGCAGACGUGCAUCAUGCAGUUGGAAAGCUUUGGCUACACAAUGAAUGAUCUCAUAUUUGAGUGGCAAGAAAAGGGAGCAGUACAAGUUGCUGAUGGGCUGACGUUGCCUCAGUUUAUCCUCAAAGAAGAAAAAGACUUGAGAUACUGCACGAAGCACUACAACACAGGCAAGUUCACCUGUAUAGAAGCUCGUUUCCACCUGGAGAGGCAGAUGGGCUAUUACUUGAUCCAGAUGUACAUCCCCAGCCUGCUGAUUGUCAUUCUGUCCUGGAUCUCCUUCUGGAUCAAUAUGGAUGCUGCACCUGCUCGUGUGGGGCUGGGGAUCACCACCGUGCUCACCAUGACCACGCAGAGCUCUGGCUCCCGAGCAUCACUGCCCAAGGUGUCCUAUGUGAAGGCCAUUGACAUCUGGAUGGCUGUGUGCUUGCUGUUUGUGUUCUCUGCCCUUCUGGAAUAUGCUGCUGUCAACUUCGUGUCUCGGCAGCACAAAGAGCUGCUCAGGUUCAGGAGGAAGAGGAGGCAUCAUAAGGAGGACGAAGCUGGCGAAGGCAGGUUCAACUUCACUGCCUAUGGCAUGGGGCCAGCUUGCCUACAAGCCAAGGAUGGCAUCUCUGUCAAGGGAGCCAACAACAACAACACGGCCAACCCGGUGCCGGCGCCGUCCCGCUCGCCCGAGGAGAUGAGGAAACUCUUCAUCCAGAGAGCCAAGAAAAUCGACAAGAUCUCCCGCAUCGGCUUCCCCAUGGCCUUCCUCAUCUUCAACAUUUUCUACUGGAUCAUCUACAAGAUUGUCCGCAGAGAGGAUGUGCACAACCAGUGAGGGGAGGGGAGCAGCCGGGAGGGAGCGAGCAAUCCUUUAUAUAUGUGCAAUAGCAAUGCAGCAAUGCAUGAAUUUAAGAAUGCGGCAAUAUCUACUAAAAAAAAAAACACACAAAAAAAAAAAGGGGGGGGCUGGUAGGGGACUUUUAAUCAUGUGAAUUGAGGGUAACUGGCACAGGGAGGAGAAAAGAAGCUCUUGAUCUGGGGAGAGCAGGGUGGGAGUUAGUUUUACAGCAUAGGAAGAUGUGGAUUGCUCCAGCAAUCCAAGCAGUGUAAUAUAGUAAUAUAUAUUCAUGCUUAAUUAUAAUGCAAAAAGAAAACAAAAGAAAAAAAAAGACCAACAAAAAAAAAUACUUUUUUUAGCCUAUUAACAGCUUAGAUUCUCAAGUCACUGGAAUGAUUCAUGAUUCCAUGAGCAGAAUUACUGCAACUACGCUUUAUCUGACUUUUGCUAUAGAAAGGCCAUUCCAGUCAAGCACGUGGGGGGAAAAGCCCUAACAAAAUGGGAAAAACCUCAAAAAAAUCAUUCUGUGCUUCUCUAGGUUUUGCACUUUGAAAACUGGAUAGAUGGGGAAACUUAAGAAAGAGGCUGUGGAUCGCUGUUUAUUUUAUAUAUUUACUUUUUUUAGUCACGGGUUUGCCGAUCAAACACUUUGUGACUUUUGCAUAGAGGAAAGCAAAUACAUUAUCUCUCUCAUCCCCACCAGAGAGCAUCCAAAGGAAACCCGAGAAGGACAUCAGGGCCUUCAUCAGAAAUCACAGGUACCUUCUGUCCUUUUAAACAACCUGGCAGGACUUGAGCCCCGGGAGGCAGAAAUAUUCAGAACGCUAGAAAUGAUGAAGAAUUUUUAAAAAAGUUUUUUAUUUGUUCGGUUUUUUUUUUUGUUUUUCUUUUCCAAACCCCUUUCUGCCAUGUUUGUUUACAAUGGGGGGAUGGAAGCAAUUGUAUUUUAAAUAUAGAGAAAACAGGCAUCUUGAUGGCCUGUUUGACAGGACCGGGCGUGUGGCAAUACUGACAGUGAGGGGGGUGGGGGGCAGGUGUGUAUAGAGAGAGCAGCUUUUAUUUUCUGACAUUUCAUAGCAGUUAUAUUAAUAGUGAAGCUGGGCCGAAGGACCCAAAAUUCUAUUUUUGUAUCUAUUUUGGUGCUGCAUUUACCUUUAACACGGAUGGGAAGAUGGAGCAGGCUGCUUUGCCCCUCUCUGCCUGGCAGAGACGUGGGGGAGGCUGGCACAGCUUGGUGGGGAUAGGGAAAGGGGGGAGGGAGGUGGGAAGGGGUGGGCAGAGGGGUUUCUCUUUGCCCAAGAGGUAGCACAGGUUGGGAUUGGUGUUUGGGGUGGGGAGAAAUGUGCCAAACGCCUCUAGGGCGUUACUUGAAAGCCUGGCUGGGUCUGUGGGCAAGCCAAGGGCUUGAUGUCCCACUUGUCCCUCUGGGCCCCUGGGUGUGAGCUGGCUGCAGCACCCAGGGUGACUGUUGUGUUUGUUUGCACUUUAGGGAGAGAGGUGAGAGAGAGCACGAGGGAAGAGACAAUCAGUCUGCACUGAAGCACUUGGGGUCAGGGCUGGGUUAGGCGCCAAAAAAGGCAGAGAGAAGAGUGGUACCCAUGGGAUCCAUCCUCUCUCCUCCCUCUCCUGCUCAGGAUGGGAGCAGAGCUGGGCUGGGCUGUGAAUCUCCAGGCUCCCUCCUGCAGGGGCUGGAACAGCUCACAGCAAAGUGCCCUGGGGCACUGCCAGCCUGGCCCAGGGCAGCAGCACCAGAGCCUGGGAUGGGAGGCUGCAUGCUGGGUAUCCCAGCCAGCACAGAAAGAAGCAGGUGAGAGGAUGAGGGAGCCAGGGACCUGCCAGCUGUCCUGCAGAGGGGUGAUGCCAGGAGGAGAAACACCAGAGAAAACACCAGGGUUUGCUGGGGUUGGGUAGAGGGACAUCCAUCUCCAAGGCUGCCAAUUCAGCACCUUUCACCAGCACUAAACACACUUUAGUUUAAGAG